AUGAGCUUUGCCGGAUCACUUCUCUUAACAGGAGUUGGUGCCCUUGUUUACAGAUACGAUCGCAGUCAGAUCUUGAGGAAAAGCCCUGAGUCUCAGUUCGGUACCAAAUACUAUAAGAAAAAAUAUGAUUCGUCCGCCACAAGAGCUUAUAGUGUGGUUGGUAAUUUUUUGAAUGAGUUUUUCAAUGGUUCAUCGUUCUUAUACCCGCUAAAGGGUGUCAGAUUUUUUUUCAAUAACACAAAGGAAUUAUGUGUUCCCAUAUUAGGAGUUUUCUCGUUAUAUCUCCUGAUGUAUUUCGUGGUCAGCGUAGUCUACUGGUCUACUAUCACACCUGUCUAUACUGCGUUAUUUGCGAUCUUUGGCCCUCCAGGGUUAUUGUUAGCGUGGACUCACGCUAUUUUACAAACAAAUUUACUAACCAUGAUGUUUAUGAGACUCUGUCACUUUAACAAUGAGCUCACAUUUAUCACUUUGCAAGCUUCUGGGUUUAAGAAAGGUUUUAACAAGAAACCGAUAAAAUAUUACGUUCCAAUCAAUUCUGUAUAUUUUUGGACUUUCCACCUUCCUUGGAAAUCAUUAAAGUAUUUCAUGGGGUUUGUUAGUCUGGUUCUCCUCUUAGUCGUUUCUUCCAUUCCAUUGAUCGGUCCUCUCAUUUUUACGUUUCUCAUUUCACCAUUUAUCGCUAAAAUUUACUUCUCGAAGAUACUGAGAUUAAAUGGGUUGAGCAAUAUACAAAGAAAUGACGAAUUUUUCGAUCAUUAUGGGCAGUAUUGUGCUUUUGGAAUAGUCGCAGGUUUUCUAGAGAAUUUCCCAAUCCUAGCUGGCUUCGCAUUGUGCACAAAUACUAUUGGUGGCGCACUAUGGGGCAUUGAUAGAGAUUUAUAUCGUGAAUAA